GUGACAGUCUACUCGGGCCGGCUUGGUGGGCUCUAGCUAGUCCAGCAUAACACACGAAAAUGGCCCUCAACUUGUACCACCGACGACUCGUUCGCGACUCCGACUCCAAAGCGUGCUGGAUCUGCUACAAACCCACGGCUACUGUGCUCUCCGCCCCUGAUAACAGCGACUGGUUCUUCAUCUGCCCGGGACACUUGUCCGACCCCAAAUUCGCCAUCUCCAAGGACGCGGAAGACCUCUCCAAGAAGCAGAAAGAUGCCGAGAUUGAAAAGGAAAUCGAAGCUGUCAAGAAGGAAUUCCAAGAAAAGAUGAAGAAGAAGAUGGAUCGACAGAGGAUCAAAGAGUGGGAGAAGGAAGGGAAAAAUGUCAAGGAGGAGCAGAAGAAGUUGGCAGACUUGGACGAGAAGAAGCUGAAAGAGGAGGAAGAGGCCAAGCUGAAGGAGUUGGAGGAGAAGAAGAAGAAGAAGCAGUCAUCGCAGGAAAAGGUUGUGGUGGACGGGCCGAGGAUCUUUGAGCUGCAUAAGAACUUUUGGCAGAUGAGGGUGCAGAAGAAGGCCCAGGCUGCUGCUGCGAAGAGGCAGGCCGAAAGGAUGAGAAACCCGACAUUCUUUCCCAGUGUGCCCAAAGACCCUUGAGAAGCGAUCAGGUCAAGCUUUCCAACCACCACAUGCUCACACCAUCGGCCGAAACCCAGAACGCUCUUCCACUACAAAGUCAGAAGGUCAGACAAAGACGUGGUCAAUGGGUCAGUCGAGACCAUGCAUGGGGACGAGCAAUUUUGCGGACUGCGACCACUUGCGGCAACAUAGUGCCGUCCCGUAAAGUUGUGAAAGUGCGCUCCAUCUUCUUGGAUACUACGCCUGUGGAUAUGCGAAGCCUCAUCAGAGCUAUCUACUUCAAAGAGGCCCGCACACCACUGUCUGUUACAGACUUCCUGCACUAUAACGCCACGCUCGGACUGCUACUCGAUGGUUGCAACAACCUCGAAGAUAUUGUGAUCAACGCUCCCCGCAAUUCCGGCGAACCAACUGCUAGGCUCAUGGCGCCCCUUCCUAUGAUCCCAGGCCUCGCCCUCAGACAGAUUACGUUAAAAAGAGGUGUCUACCAACAGUUGCCGCUCGAACGCCUUUUUCAAAGAGUUGCCAACAACUUGCGGACUCUGUUGUUGUCCCAAGUUCGCUUCCUGGGGCGAAUUCGGAGAAUCUGGUCCAGCUCUGGCGGGACAGUCCUGUUCUGCGCAUGGUUAGGAUACAACGCAUUUCGGUAGCGCAACCUGGUGCUGUUGGGCCGUGUUAUGUGAGCACUUCGCCUGCUAUUAGAAGAGCGUUUUAUAACACAGCUGCGGCGAAUAGGCUUGAAAUUUUUGAUAUAACGCGGUCUACACGGGCGACAUGGAUGGUGGGUCCGGUUGGGCGGCAACUGGGGAUGAACCAAGUGUUGCGAUUGAGAGGCAGUAAUCUCUAUGACCCGACGCUGACUGUCGAGGCGAUGAAGGCCGACGGACGGUUGAGUUGAGGAUACAUGUAGGUGCCAGGCAGAUGUCAUAUAGACUAUUACCACUCGACCACGUCGAGAUAUACCAGCC